AUGAAUUGGUCAUAUGAACCAUCACCACGUAUCAUCGAUCCGUUUAUUCUUCAUUUUCUUUCAUCAACAGUUGAACCACCACCUCCACUACCAUCAUCGAUUUUUUUUUACGAUCCUUUUCUUGUUGUGCCACCACCACCUGCUAUCAACAUUUCAUCAUCGUCAGAGGUUUCAACAACAAAAUUGGUUAUAUCUAAUCGUCAUCGGUUCACACCUGUUCAAUUAUUUACUCUUCAUCGAAUAUUUAUGCAACUGCCAUAUCCAUCAUUACAACAACGUCAUCUUAUUGCGGAACAUCUUGGUAUUGAUCUUGAACAAGUUCGUGUUUGGUUUUCUAAUCGUCGAUCAAGACAACGUGGUUCUAAUCAUCAAACAAAUCUUAUUCAACCAACAUCUGAUGAAUAUGUAAACAUAAAACAAAUAUUCGAUCAAUUAAAUCUAGUUAUUUAA